CAUUGAAGUUGUUAGUCAUGUUGAAAACACCUGAGCCGCGUGCUGCAGCUACAAUUGGAGCAUUGUUGAACAUAUUCCAGUUCUUGGUUGUGAUGGCAAUAUGCACCAACUGCUUGCUUCUCGUUUGUCUGUAUGACGAGGAGGGGAAAUGGAGGAUUGAGCCAGGACUAGCAGCAAUCCUCAUAAUGGAGCAUGCUCUCCUCUUAAUCAAGUUUGGUUUCUCACACUUUGUGCUUGAGGAGCCUGCGUGGGUGAAAGCAAAUCGUGUGCGGUAUGUAGCUCAGGCACAAAACGUCUGCUCCAAACAACUUUUGAGGAGCAUUUCAAAAUUUGACGGAAAACUGGAUUGAGAAACACCAUGCACAGUUUAGCGGUUAUCGCUGGUUUUGUAGUUUAGGUAGAGCGGUUUUGUAUAGUACAAAGAUGUACAAAUCUAGGGGUGU